UAUGGAACCUGACAAACCAGUUUUCUUGUCGAAGAACAGCAGACAGGCAAUGGGUGGAGAUAAAGGGUGGGUGGGAGGUUUGGAGGAAGCCACGCCAUCUUAGAGAAACCUGCACAUACGACCCCCAAAAAAGAAAUGGUAAAGAAGAAGUCCAGUUACUUAUUUGUUUUCAAUGUAUAUUCUUAUAAAAUCAUCCAUGAUCCAUGCCUUGUUCAACCAUGGAAGUUAUAUAUCUAUAUCUACAAAAGCCAUAUCCUAUUAGUUACUCUAUUAUAAACACACAGCUUGAUGUUUGGUCAUUAUUGUUGCUCUAUGUUUGUAGGGUAAUGUUACCUGUGGAUAAACAUUUCAAUCCUACAAACAUGUUCCAAAAACAUUUGGUGCAUGCUGUGGAAUCAAUUAAAACCUAGUUGGAAACAGUUGCAUCAUUUCAGUUCUCUAUAUUUACAACAUUUAUAUCCUCCAUUCACAGUAUUUCCAGUGCAUACGUGUUGCAUUAAUUUACUAUAAUAAAACAUUGCAGGCAUCGAUCAUCAUAACAACGACGAAGUAUGUCUUAGUAUAACCUUUACUGAAGUUAAUCAAUCUCCUAAACAAACUGUUGACAUGUUCUUUCUUGAUAAGCAAACACAAGAAGCGCCCCUCCUUCUCGAGAUUCUUAACCCCUGACCCAGGACCAGCGUACACGCCCCUCGAAUCUAUCCUCUUGCGCUUGUCGCGCAGCUGAAACCGAGCUGGGAUCAGUACGCUUUUUUCGCUUCCCCUUUCUAAAAAAGCCCUGCCAACCUGUGGAGCGUUUCAGUAAAGAAGGGUGUUGACGCACGGAGCAGUCGACAAGUCCCAGCUCUUACUUGACAUUGUCUUCGUUUUUAGGACUUCAGCUCGUCAAGGGCAGAAGAGCAACAAGUGAGAAGAUGUCAAAAAUCUGUGCGUUGGUGUUGAUGACAAUCGUCUCCCUGGCAUUUGCUGAAGAAAAUAAUUCUGAAGAUGACCCAUUUACCUUUGACUACCACAGACUGCGUGUCGGAGGUCUGAUUUUGGCAGCUGUCCUUUGUCUCAUUGGCAUUACCAUCCUUUUCAGUGGCCACUGCAGGUGCAAGUUCAAGCAGGACAAACGGAGGAGGGCAGGAAGCAAUACUCAGGCAAUGCUUGCCGACCAAGGUCGUGCCUGUGAUUGCUAGAAGUUGACAAGAAUACAAUGACUCGCAGAAGUCAGAUUCUGAGGAAGCUGCAGCAUUUGAGACCCAAGCAGAGGCUUUUUCAUUGUUACAGGAAACAACAGGAAGUUGUAAGAUGUGGCGGUCUUUUGUGAUUUAUUUGUACCAGAAAACUGCCCGCUCUUCCAUACACAGUUGGACGCGAACACCCUUGUACACACACGUAAUAUUACUCCAUGUCAUUCAAGUCAACCUUUUCCACAAACAUAGUACCAAAAAUCCUUUAAAUAGGUUGUGUCAAAUGUAUCGCACUACUAUUUGUAGUUGUGUCUUUGUGUAUAGAAAAAAGGUUGAGCUAGUCGUAAGUUACUGUAAGCAGCCUAACAAUGUGCAUAUAUUCAUGUCAAACAGAAAUACAUGUUAAGAGUUAAUAAUUUAUGAUCGUUUUAGCUUCAUUGGGCAAUAUGGUGGAUGCUGGGGUUUAAAAACACAGAAUCUCUGUCAUGUUUCUGUUAUUAAAGAAUCAUUAAAAUCACACACAAAA